AUGAGGAGUAGCGGUGGCAAAAGGAAAGGGGAAGUUGAUAGGGAUGGCCCUUCUCAUGAGAGAACCAUCAAUUGGGAUGAUGGUCAAACCAUGUUCAUGCUAGAAUGGUGCAUUGAGUAUUUGAAAGACCAUUAUGCCAAAUUUAAGUUCAGUAAGCAACAUCACAUGAAGUGUGUUGAUGCCUUAAAUAAAAAGUUUGCCAUAGGGGUGACAAUUGCUCAAGUUGAUCGUCACUUUAGGUACUACAAAGAAAACUGGAAGUAUGUUUCGAAGACUUUGAGCAACAGUGGCAAUGGGUUUGAUGCCACUAGAUGCAUGGUGACUAUUUCAAAUUCUGAAAAUGCUAAUCUUAAUGAUAGGACAAGGUGCUUGCUUUCUAAGCCCGUUAAAUUCUUCCAUGAGAUGCAAGAGCUAUUCACAGGCACUAAUUCUAAUGGUUCUUUUGCCAUUAACCAAGAAACAUGCAUGAAUGAUUGUGGUGAUUCAGAGAGUGACAAUUCACAAGGAUUGAAUGAUAUGAGCUUCUAUGUACUUUGUGAAGACCUAUCUAAUGAUGAUUCUGACACUUUUCCAUCACUAGUAGCUCGUAAAGCUGGUAGAGACAAUAGCUCGUCUAGCACUUGA